AUGGAAAUUCAUUUCCAACAACCAAACCUGCAGCAUCAGAAAGCAAGCAUUUCAGUCACAAAAGGAGGCAAAUUCAAAGGGAGAAAUAGAAACAGCAACACAAACAAAUUUGUUGGUGUGAGACAAAGGCCUUCAGGGAGAUGGGUAGCUGAGAUCAAAGACACAACUCAGAAGAUAAGAAUGUGGCUUGGAACAUUUGAGACAGCAGAAGAAGCAGCAAGAGCUUAUGAUGAAGCUGCAUGUCUUCUUCGUGGAUCCAACACUCGCACCAACUUCAUCACUAAUGUCUCAUUGGAUUCUCCUCUUGCUUCUCGGAUUCGAAAUCUUCUUAACAACAAAAAAGGUGUCAAACAACAAGAAGAUGUUGUUGUUGAUGCAUCUUCCUCCUCAAGAGUUAGCACUUCUAGCAGCAGUGUUAGCAAUACUAGUAGUGAUUCAAGCAAUAAUGACAACAAUAAUAACAACAACAACUCUCUUCUUUCUAGUGAGACAACUCAGAACACUAAGCUGUUUGAUGAUGCAUAUAAGCCAGACUUGAGCAAUUGCAGGGAGGACUUUGAGUCAUGUCCUCAAUCCAAUGUUUCAUGGGGUUUUGGAUCUGUCUUUGAUCGUUUUCCUAUUGCUCAUGUAUUGGAUAUACCUAAGAUUGAUGGCUUGACUGAUACUGUUGACUUGGAGCUUUCAGAAUUUGAAAGGAUGAAAGUUGAAAGACAAAUUUCUGCUUCACUUUAUGCAAUUAAUGGAGUGCAUGAGUACAUGGAAACUGUUCAGGACUCCAAUGAAGCUCUAUGGGAUCUUCCACCCUUAUGCUCAUUGUUCUGUUGA